AUGGGUAUGGAUCACGGGCCGAAACAAGAUAGUCAAGACUUUAGUACGUCAAUGUGUCCCGUGUCAAAAGGCGAAGAGCACCCGGAUGUACCACUUGCUCGUCUUAACCGUUUCCAACUUCUUCAAAGGCUGAAAACCGACUUUUGGAAACGCUGGUCUGAGGAGUAUCUCCAACAGUUGCAGGAACGCAAUAAGUGGCGCUCCCCUACGACUAGCCUGGCAGUUGGCAGUAUGGUCCUUGUGAGAGAUGAACGUUACCCUCCUGCAAAAUGGCCAUUAGCCCGUGUAAUCGCCACCCACCCAGGACCUGACGCUCUGGGAAUAGAAACAGAUGAGCCAAAUGGCAAUUUCAAACAAAAGUCAACGGUAGAACUAAAACAGCUAGUAACAUCUGGUGUAAUAAAAUGCAAGGCUUGCAAUAGCUAUGGAUGUGCCUCUACGUCAAAGGAAAUUCGCAUAGCAGAUGAAGUAAAUAAACCAUAUUUUGGAAUCAUACAACCAUAUAGAAGUUUUCAUAAAGGUGACAAUAUUUCUUUAAUAUGUGCUGGUGUGAGUCAUUAUUUCUUUACCGUCGUAUGGUAUGAUGAUAACGAUCAGGUGGUAGAUACUUUCGAAAGAAUACACGUUACAUCGAAGGUAACUGAAUUUACUUACCAAGCCAUUCUCACGAUCAAUAACGUGAGUGAAUCAGAUAGAAGGAAGUACUAUUGCAAAGCGACGGAAAGAUACUACGGGUUUGUUGGAUAUCCUUCGCGCAAAAUACUUACAGAGUCAUACUUCCUUAACAUCAAUGAUCCACCUUCUUUUACUCUUGUAAAUUUGAACGCUACAGAGAGAACAGUAAUGGCAAGGGAUUUUGAGAAUCCCCUGAUAUUAUUUUGCCAUGUUAAAGGGAUUCCAACCCCUAACAUUACGUGGUCAAAAAACAAUGUACCUCUGAAGAUGUCAUCACAGUAUACUUUCGAAGACAGCAAUCAAAAAUUAGUUAUAAGAUAUUUUUUUGAAAAAGAUGCUGGUAAUUAUUCAUGCCAUGCUAAGAACGAUUACGGAACAGUGGAACAAUCACAAAUUAUUACUGUGAAAGGAAAUCCAAAUACUAAUUUUUAUACUGGAAUAGUAGUAUGGUUCAUCGCAAUCCUUACUUUUCUAUCAAUUUACUUUUACUUACAAGUACAACAUGGAAAGUUUAGAGAAAAACUUUUAUUAGAAUCUAGUCUUACCCAGUUUACGGAAGGGGAACUUGAUUUGAUGAAUCCAGAACUUACAGUAGAUGAGCAGGCAGAACUCCUUCCGUACGAUAUAAGAUGGGAGUUUCCCAGAGAGAAAAUAAAAUUAGAUAAAAAAUUAGGAAGUGGAGCUUUUGGAGUCGUGUAUAAGGCCGUAGCUUAUGGAAUAUUUGCUAAAGAAUCUAAGACAACUGUAGCUGUAAAAACAGUUCGCAAAAAUGCAGAUCCAAUGUAUAUUACUGCAUUGGCGAAGGAGCUUAAAAUUAUGAUUUAUUUGGGACAACAUUUGAAUAUUACAAGUCUUUUGGGAGCUUGUACAAAAAAUAUAGCCAAACGUGAACUUUUGGUGAUUGUUGAGCUUUGCAAAUUUGGAAAUCUGCAAAAUUAUCUCUUGUAUCAUCGAAAAACUUUUAUUAAUCAAAUUGAAUCAGAUGAAGGUGAAAUCGGCUUUUGUAUUAGAAAAAUAUCAAAUAGUAUGGUGUCGAGCAGCAGUAGUCCAAGCAAUAAAACCAGCAUUUACGGCUCAGAGGAUCGGACAUUUGUUGGACCAAUGGAAUUUAGUGAUGAUUUUGAUGACGAUGAUUCCCAGCCAGGUUGGCGUUCUAAUUACAAAGGGGACUACGCGAAUGAAGAUGUUUCGUUUCUCUGCACUGAGGAUCUUUUUUUGUGGGCUUAUCAAGUAGCAAAUGGUAUGGAGUACCUUUCCCAAAAAAAGGUACUACAUUGUGACUUAGCCACAAGGAAUAUAUUAUUGGCAGAAAAUAACAUUAUUAAGAUAUGCGAUUUUGGUCUGGCAAAGACAUUGUACAAAGACGAAAACUAUAAGAAGCGAUGCGUUGGCAAGUUGCCUGUAAAGUGGAUGGCCAUUGAGUCCAUUAGGGAUGGAGUCUUUUCCACUAUGUCAGAUGUGUGGUCAUUUGGUGUAGUUCUGUGGGAACUUUUCACCCUUGCAGAAAUACCUUACGCAGGUGUACGGUUCGAAGUAAUGUAUCAGAAAUUAGUCAGGGGAUACAGAAUGGCUCAGCCUACUUAUGCUACUGAUGACAUUUACGAUAUAAUGCUCCAUUGCUGGGAGGAAGAGCCGACAUUAAGGCCGUCUUUUACAAUGCUGGUUGAAAGUAUUAAAAAUCUUUUACAAGAUGAUAUCAAAAUACGUUUUCUAAAACUCUAUCAUACAACACCAAGUCCCAGCAGAGGUGAUUCAACCCCGACAAUCAGAGUAAAAUGUGAAUCUAAGUGUCAACAUCGAGAUUUUGGUUCUUGUUGUACGCAAAAUUUGACUUCUGUUGGAGCUGCAAUAACAAAGUUGCCGAAGAAAGUUGUGCUAAAGCAAGACAAGAAGAACGCCGGUUGGUUAUUGGAAAUAUUAUGGACUUUUGAAUGGAAUUGUAGUGCCAAAUCGAUGGAAGGUGACGUAGCCGCUGAGUUAGUAAACGACAGUAUGUCUUUAAAAAAUGACAAAAUGGAAGUCAGAGUCGUCAUUGGAGAUAAGGACGCUGUAGCCAUCGACAAUAUCAGGAUAGGAAAUUAA